AUGGUGGCGACGCUGAGCCACAACCCCGUUCCGCGGGUCACCAACUUCUACGAGAACAGCCUGAAGCAGCUCAGCGACAUCCAGCAGCGGCAGACCGGGCUUCUCAUCGGCGCCGUGGUUGCGGAUGCGGCGGCGCGUGGGCUGGACGGGUGCUCCGCCGAAGAGAUCGCCGAGUUCGAGAAAAGGCAGGCGACGUUGCACAGCGGCGGCGGCGCUGAGGAGGAGUCGCUUGCGUUUGCGCUGGCCGGCCCUCCGCACCCUUCUUCGUCUCCGCCGCCGACGGGCGCGCUGCGGCACCACUCCUACACCUGCCUGCUCCUGCAGCGGCUUCUCCGCGUCAUGGCCGCCGCGCGAGGGGAUUUUCCCGUGAGUUACGUGAAGGACAGUUGGGUUUCCGUCGCCCGCGCGCACCCGCAGUGUUUCGCGGCUGAGCAUGCCUCGCUGCUGAACGUGUUGGGGGUUGUUUUGUCCCUGCCGGUGAUUUACCCCUGGACGGACGACGCGACGCUGCGUGCGUACGCGGCGCCGUUUAUCGACUUCCUCACGGAGCCCCCGGCCGCGGGUGCGGCGACGGCGGCGCGCGGCGCUGUGCGGGCGUACGCCUUCUCUGCGCUCGGCGUCGCGCUUCGCUGCCUGCAGAGCAACCCUGAUCCGCUCCGCAACGCCGCCAUCGUAGCGCCGCCGGGGACGGCGGACUUGUUUCCCGACGAUCUCGCCUCCUUUGCGCCUGCCUGGCCGCAGGACGCGCUGCUGUCGCAGGUGCCCGACGCCGGCGCCGCGGGCCCCGCGGCCGCGCCCUUUCCAGCCCGUCCUCUCGCGCGCGACGUCUGUGUGGCGCGCGAGGCCCUCGUCGUGGCGAGGCGCGCCCGCUCCUUCGCAGACGGCGUGCGGAUGGCAAUUCGGCUGGGCGGGCCCGUCUCUCAGCGGAGCCUCCUCGUUGGCGGGCUGCUCGGCGCCCGGCUGGGGGUGCGCCGGGUCCCGCCGGAGUGGCUCAGCGCGACGCACGACCACGGCGCGCUGGCCACCAUGGCGAUUGAGGUGGCGCAGUGGAGUUGGAACCCCCCGCACCGCUAA